UCGUCGCCGAGAGCUGCAGAAACACGUUUUCCACGCAGACUCGGCUCUCUCCCUCUCUUUCUCUCUGCGCUAUAUCGCUUAACCGUUAAAGCGCGACUCCCUUUUUUCUCUCGCUUCCUCUCUCGCUCUCGCCUAGCUCUAUGCGUGUCCCAUAUUCGUCGAAAUUCGCGAAUUCAUCCCGCCUAGCGGACCCGAGGCUCUGCGCAAGCGGAGCGGAUCGAGGUGUGCACGAGUGUACGCCGUGCAUGCGUGCGAGAGAGCUACGAUGAUCGAGCAAGGGGUUCGGCGUUCAAGGCCACGCAUCGCAAAAAUCUUUCUCUCCCUCGCUCCGAAAAGUCGCAGCCGCAGCAAAAAAUAAAAGAGCCGUCGUCGUCGCUGCUGAAGCCGAUGCGCUGUUGCCAAGUCUCGCGGAGCUCGCGGUGUUGCUCCCGAUCCCCACCGCGCGGAGGAGAAGCCAGCUUACAUGCACAGCUAUACCUACACCGGCGAACUGAACCGAACGGCGAACCCCCUCCACUCGGCGCGGCGUCUACUGCUGCGCGAAGCAGCUCUCUCGCACCGGCGGGCGGUCAGUCGCUCGCUGCCUGUGCAAGCUCCCAGUUGCCAGGCGCGCUCCUCUUCGUUCCUCUUCGUUCCUCUGUGCUCCUCUGUGCUCCUCUGCGCUACUCUGCGCUCUGCGCGUUCACGCAGUACGGUACUAUCACACUGUUACACACACUGUUACACACACAUACACACAAACACAGUUACACGCGCGCGCGCCCCCCGUGCAGGUCUCGCAGUACGCAGUUUGCCGAAACAGUGCGGUGAAGAAAAGUUGGUGGUUGUGAGUGCGCGCGAGCGAGUACCCGACGAUGCUGCGCCGCGCCGUCAGCUCGACGCGGCUCGACUGAUAACGAUCGACGUGCGCUGCGUUGCGGAUAGAUUGGCUCUUCGCUCGGCGGUGUGAUCGAUCUCGGAAGCGGAGAGUCGCGAGCUACACGAGAGUGGGUCAGCAGCAGCCGCCAAGAUGAUGGGAAAGCGCACGCAGUGCUACCUGUGCGACCUGCCGCGCAUGCCCUGGGCCAUGAUCAUGGACUUCUCGGAGCCGGUCUGCCGGGGCUGCGUGAACUACGAGGGCGCGGACCGCAUCGACCUCGUGCUCGAGUCGGCCAAGCAGCUGAAGAAGGCGCACGGCUUCCAGGACGCGCGGCCCUCGGCCUCGAAAACCUACCGCGCGAGCUCGCACGCCGAGCACAACGGCGCGGCGAGCCUGGACGUGCUGCCCAUCCAGAACGCCGCGGUGGCCGCCGCCGCCGCCCAGGGCCACUCGCGCCACCACAACCUCUCGGCGGCCGCGGCCGCGGGCUACGGGCAGAUGCACCACCGCAACAGCAUCGGCGAGUUCAACUCGGCCGGGGCGCCCGCCGGCGGCGGCUCCUCGGCCCGGCAGCAGCAGCUCAGCGCGCGGCAGCAGCAGCAGCAGGCCGCGGCAGCCGCGGCGGCCCAGCACGCGGCCCACGAGGCCGACGGGCCCCACGAGAUUGGCAACGGGCUGCGCGCCAACAGCGUGCAGCGGAUGAGCAGCGCGCACCUCACCGCGGUCGCGCACCACGUGAGCCUCGGCCACGGCCGCGGCAUCACCCAGCUCAAGCGCGGCAUCUCGGCCAUCGACGAGGACGACCACCCCGAGAAGCGGCUCAGCCUCGAGGAGCAGCACACCGUCAGGCCGCCGCUCACCCGCGGCGAGUCCCUGCCCGCCGUCAGCCUCGCCGUCAGCUACGUCGACCGCGGCAAGGAGAAGCACCCGAUCCGCGCGCCCAGCUUCGAGACCGCCACGACGUUCAAGGCCAACGGAGCGUACGUGGGCCCUUCGAUCCCCCUGGCACCGGCCAACGUUGCGACGAACGGCGGCGGCGGCUCGCCUCUGCGUCCCAGGACGAGUCCGCCGCCACCUCCGCCGCCUUCCAGCCAGGAGACCACUCCGGAGGGACAGCAGCAACAGCAGCAACAGAGCAGUCACCAUCAGGGAUCGGCUGGUGGACCAUCACCAAUGGCAGCGCUGAUGUCGGUGGCGGACAACCUGACGUCGCCGGAGCCGGUACCCCAGCCGCCUAGCAACCCUAGCCCGACCAGCCGGAGCCCGCCGACCACCGCGCCCAACGUCCAGCAGCGCAGCGCUUCCCGAGGCUCCCAGCACAGCCCCAACAGCUCCGGCCCAUCGGGCAGGAGGUCCAGCGGAUCCAGGCACGUGUCCUCGACGACAGUGACGACGUCGUCGGAAGGCGCGGUGGCGCAGUCCGCGGGCGCUGAGCCAGUCGCCGCGCCCACCCUCAAGUGCACACUCUGCCAGGAGCGUCUCGAAGACACGCACUUCGUCCAGUGCCCCAGCGUGCCGCACCACAAGUUCUGCUUCCCCUGCAGCCGGGACAGCAUCAAGCGCCAGGGCGCCGGAUCCGAGGUCUACUGCCCGAGCGGCGAAAAGUGUCCGCUUGCCAACAGCUCCGUGCCAUGGGCCUUCAUGCAGGGCGAGAUCGCGACGAUCCUGGGCGAGGACACGCCGAGCGCCGGUCUCAAGGUCAAGAAGGAGCGCGAGACUUAAGCGAGCUGUGCGCGAGAAGCACCGCAGGUCCAGGCUCAAUUUUUGCUCAUGUCUCUCCCCGAGCGUGACAACACAAGAGAGAUCAUAACUCUACUUGGAAUCCACGGGGGACAAAGACCAUGAUUUUUCGCAGCAGUGCGAGCGCAGCUCUUGUCCGAGGCGAAAGACGCCGUGAAGGCUCGCCGGCAAGUUGUUGUUUAACUUUGCGCGAUACACAGACACACUACAAACAAACUAAUCAGAGGCAACGGGGAAAGGCUGUGCGUGUCGAGAUGCCGCACAUGCCAUUGUUAGGCCGAAGACGUUGAUAUGUGGCUUUACGCGAUGCGCUGUGAUCAGAUCAAACACGAUGUUUUGCGAGAAUUUGGAUUUUUUGUUUUUUUUUUCUGAGCCGUCGUGCCCGAGCAACAGUUGACCGGGUUCGUCGUCGAGUUGUGUAUACAUUUUUUGCGUCGACGAAUUGCCUUUUUUUAAAUAUUUUUUUAUCGAACGAGCUAUUGUCGGUCUUGAGCAGAAGUCUUUGGCAAACUCGGUGACUGGCAUUGUUUCUGUAAAUAUGUUACGAGUCCUGUAAGGAAGCUAAAAGAGCGAGAAGUGCCCAGAAAUGCAGGAAACCACAAGAAAAUUCACAAAAAAGAAAUAAAUUGAAGAACAAACGUUAUGCGCUGAGACGCAGCGACUCACGAGUCGCGAUUUAAAUGACGAAACGAUUAUUUGUGCCCAUGCAUGGGCUUGUACUUAGGCUCGAUCGCCUUUAUCUUCAUUGUGUAUUUGUCAUGCGCAACUUCUUAGAUUUUCUAUGAAGCCACAAUUGCGACUAUAAAAAAUUUACAGUUCUUUUCACGCUGUUCUACAGUUUUUUAUUUUCUAUGUUUUAAGGCGUUUCGGUGCAAUUGCUUCGAAACGUGGUUAAACUUUGCCGCUUUCGUCGCGGUAUUUAAAUAACGGUUAAUCAAACUCUUAUUUUCAUUUUUUUUUUCGUCACUUCUUUUUUGCCUCUAUUUUCUUAUACUUUGCCCUCCUUGUAUUAUAUCAUUAAUUAAACAUGACGGACCUUUUUAACCCAGCGUUCUUGGGUGUUCUGUACAUUAUGUAUAUGUGUACAUAUUCUACAUUAUUAUUAUAAUAAUAUUAUUAUCAUGAUUAUCAUUAUUAUUAGUUUUAUUUUAUAUUAUUAUAUUAUAUUAUGAGCGAAAUAAGGAAUCGUAUGAUUGCGAAAGUAAGCAUCUUUUAAUGUACAAAGAGGAACUUACGUUGCGUUUUUCAUUGAAUUAUGUUCUCGACAUUUAAUGCACAAGUCAUAACAAAAACCUCGUAUACGCAUUUUUGACCGAGGCAGUUACGACUUUCAUGCGUUGCUUUGUAUCUCGUUUCGUUUAUUUUAUCAUGAUCCCCGCCUCCGUUUUCUUACAUUGUAUCCAUCGGCAUUGUAAAAAAAUAUAUAUACAUAUAAAAAUUAAAUAAAAAAAUAAUAAGUAAUAAAUAAUACUAAUCUUUGAAACACACCAACGGAGCAAGAGACUAAGCACAGAAUCGAUCAGAUAAUUUGUCGAUAUCGACGAGCUUACACGUACGCGCAAUAGAGAUUAUCAUUUGAUAAACACAAAUUACAGACAUGUUAUUGUCUUCAUUUUCAGUUUAACGCUAGACUUCAAUGUGAGGCCUUUCCAAUUAUUCAUUUUUCUGAGAAUAAUCGGAAAGAGAAUAAUCAAGCACGAGAAACGAGAGCAAAAGUAGAGAGUACGAUUACUCGGUACGAAACGCUUAGUUAAAAGACAGAUUAUAAGGCGGCCGAUAGAGAAACAAACAAAAACUAUCAAACGAGAAAAAAUAAAACUUGGCCGAAUUGCUUUACGAAAUUUUUGUCGAUGUCGACUAACAAAAUCAAUAACGAAGGAAAAAUUCAAGAAAAUUUGAAUCUUCGUUAGGUUAUGGAAACACAACAAAGGAAAAGGAGAGAUCUUGUUCACACUUUAGUUUAACGCUAGACUUUAAGUGAGGGCUUUUUGAUUUUUCAUUUACCAGAUGAAAAAAGCAUCGCCCGACAUAUAGGAACCACACACUCGCUACGUCUGAAAAAUUUUCAAAAUGGAUAAAUCGUGUGUUUUUGCUUGCCUCCAAGGCAGCACUUUCUUUGUAUUACCUAACAAACUACUCUAUACCUUAUUUGUCAAUUUUCGGUUUUUGUAAUCAAUCGAUGUAGCGGCCAAGAUUAACUCGCCCUGGGCGCAUAGGUCUUUUUGUAUGUGUAUAAAAAAAAAGUAUAUUGUACAAAGAUUGAGAGAAUUGAAAGGAGAAAAAACCACGACGCGUGACGAUCGCAAUAUUAACCACGCGGAAGAGCAACUCACGCGCGUGUCGAUUGGCGGCGAGAAGUUGUUGCCAGCUCCGUAACGUCCUUUUGGCGGAGUUACUCCGGAAGUUUGUCUUAAAUUGUCGAAUCUGCCGAUGUGGUGCCGCAUCAACGGCAUUUUCAAAUUUUUUUAGCUUGGACGUGCCUGAGUGCUUGCGACAACUUCUCAGAUACUAUAUAAAAGUGCUAGCACACCCCGGUUUUUGUUCUUUCUUUUCUGUUCCGAGUCGACAAUGUGACGAGACUCUCGAAUAGAGAAUGAGACAUCAAAGUCGAGUCGUGCGCUAGCUGCAGUAGGUUUUUUUUAACGUUAUGGUAGUUCCUGCCCAUGCCAACGCAAGCUGUGAAAUUAGUUUCUUGUUUGCUUGUCUCUUUUUUACUUAGCUCUGCCGAUCUAUAAUAUGUGCAUAUGCAAUCACAUAGGCACGCGUACACGUCUGUUUUUUUCUCUUUUACCAGUGUGUAUAAUGAAGAAAUAGGACGUACUUUUCGUGCUUGUUAAACGAUUAUUCGAUAAACGAGAAACUAAUCUGAUUUGUUGUAUACGUGUUUGAGUGCGAAAGAGUGAUCCGCGCGAUGUAUGCAGAAGAGUGAAAACUUUGAAAGUUCAUUUUUUCACACCGAGUGAUGAGAAAAAAAUUGUCAUUUUUACUUGGACAAGAUUUAAAAGUAAGAUUAUUAACGAAACAAAAAAAAAAUCAACAACAAUGUAAAGGUUUUAGAAACAAGGAUGCAGUAGCUAUUAAUUGAAUGUUAGUAUACUCGCCCAACCGAUCGUGUAAGUCAGGAAAAAUGUGAGACUCGCAGCAGGUUUGCGCAGUUUUUAUACAGCUUGGAAUUUCGCAUCUAUAAGCGUCUUUCUCUCCUUUUACACACGGACACACAAAUCACACUUAACACACGAAGAGCUGUAUUCUUUGUUACUUAAUUCUUUCCGACGAGGAGAGUCAUGGCGAGUCUGUUCGCGCAUGCAAUUAAAGGAAAAAUAAAUAAUAAAUAAAUAAAUAAUAGAACAGUUGGGCAUAUAGAUUUCUAAAGCCGAUGCUAAGUCGCAUUUUUUCUGGCCGUAGCGCGUACAAAGUAGGCAUGUCUUCCCAAGAUGAGAAUUGAUUGAAGAAAGUCGACGCGAUCAUUGAAAAUUUAAAAUGAAAAAAUACGACGAAAGUGGAAAGAAACAGUGAUUCCCUACUUUUGUACGAUCCGAUUUGUUUUUUAUGAUUCUUGUACGAGCGCAAUAACUAUGGUCAUAUUAAUGAAGGAGACAAAGAAAAUUAUGAAACACGUAAGUUCACUAGCGACUGUAGUAGCGAAUAAUACGAUUUUCUAGUGUACCAUACUUUGAAAAACGCGAUACAUUGUACUGUUUAUCGUAUGUAUGCAAACUGCAAAAACAAAUAUAUGUGUUGAUGUGUAAAA